GAGUGAAGUGAGACGCGUGUCGCGUAGAAACGGGAAGAAAAAAGAAGAAUAGGUCAGAUCGAUCGAGCGCUUGUUCUGCCGGCGUCACGUCACGACCGACCACGCGAGUCCGCCUGAGAUUUCCUCGUUUUCGCGCUCGCUCGCGAAGGUGCAGCUGAGAGUCAGCUGGUGGUCGCGAUUCGAGAGAAAGAGAGAGAGAAAAAAAGAGGACAGAGGCCAACGUAGAGGGGGAGAAACUGGACUUUCGCGGGAGUAAAAGUGACCGACGUAACUGUUUUUUGAUUAACAAGAUUACAAACGCGGACGGUAUCUCGGGGCGGCAAGAAAAACCCGGUGAUUACCGGGCGAUCGCUCCUUGUAUCUUAUCGAAGUGCUCCCGAGGCUUCGUCGCGCGCUACCGCGGGAUUACGGAAAGGCGCCGGCGCGCAGGCGCGCGGCGGUCACACGCGCGCCGACUUCCUCCGGCGACUUGGUCGUGUGACCACGCCGGUAGACGAGACAGCGAGCGAGAGAGGGGGACAUUAGAUGGAACCCCUUUUCCGUCUGCUCACCGCGUAUCCGUGGCACGCGACCGCGCGUCUUCCGCCGCUUCCGCGGCGCGCGACGUUCCGGUGAGCCGAGCUGUCAUUCCACGCGGACGAGGGUAAAUGGAGAAGCGCCAGAUGCGGCCUGGCCACGCAGUUGUCAUCGCGGCCGAAAGAUGGACAGAUCACGACUACUGCCUAUGGAUUUACCUGCGAUCACUGUCAACAGUAGUGGCAGUGUCAAAGGCAAGGCAUCUUUUGUUCGGCGACUGGCAAUAGGAUUUGUGAUUCUGGCCAUAUUAGGCCUCCUGUACGUGCCAGCGUAUCACUCCGCUCAGAGUCCAUUCUCCAGCUUAAGUGAAACUCCAUCCUCCGCGGAACCUCUUGGUAGCGUCCGCUUGAUAACAUCCAUGGCACAAUUGCCUGGAUGGUCGUACAAUACAUCAAGAAAUCUCUGUGUUUAUAUUCACCCGGAGAACAACACAUCGAUUUUCAGUCCUACUGGCAUCUGUUCACUACCGCCAUACCUGCUAAUAAUUAUAUGCUCGGCAGUCGCCAAUCAGGAGGCCCGCGCCGCUAUUAGAAGUACUUGGGCCAAUAAAUAUAACUUAUAUAAUUUAUAUAAUUCUACAGUAAAAAUAGCAUUUCUACUAGGAAAAAGUGACAAUGAUACACUCAAUAAUAUGAUUGUUGAGGAAAGUUCUCAGUACAAUGAUAUUGUGCAAGAGCGCUUCUUUGAUACAUAUAACAAUUUGACGCUCAAGUCAGUCAUGAUGCUGAAGUGGGUGACGUCGAAUUGUGAUCAAGCGAAAUACCUCAUGAAAACGGACGACGACAUGUUCGUGAAUAUUCCCUUGCUUCUGCAAACGCUGCACUCGAGAACGCAAGCGGAGACUCUUCUAGGCUCUCUCAUUUGUAACGCUAAACCAAUACUAGAUCCCAAGAACAAGUGGUACACACCCAAAUAUAUGUACUCUGAGAAAACAUAUCCAAACUAUUUAUCAGGCACAGGGUAUGUUAUGAGUACGGGUGUGGCGUCCAAGUUGUAUCAAGCAGCGCUGGUAACGCCAUUGCUACACCUGGAGGACGUUUACGUCACAGGUUUGUGCGCGAAACGCGCGAAAGUCCGACCAGUUAACCAUCCUGGAUUCAGUUAUAUACCUCGCAAAAUAGACCCCUGUGUGCUCAGGAACGCUAUUACUACGCACAAAGUUAAUGCGUCCAACAUGUAUGUGAUCUGGGUAAAAGUGAACGAUACAAGCGUUUCGUGUAGCAAUCGUACUCGCAACGAUAGAAAACCAAUCACUCUAAGCAGAAGCGGCAGGAAUGUCGGCUAUUACGCCUUUAAAAGAAAAACUAUAAACAAAUGCGUUUAAACACACUUCUGAUAGUGUUGAUUCCAUGCGUUAUAAGACUAACUUUUUUUUUAUUGAUCUUCCUGCUAAGCGCAAGUGGAAUCAAAUAAGUGACAGGAAUGAUACAGGAGCUGUGAAUCGCAAUCUGAAAGCUUGAAGGGAGCUUUCUUCGAAUCCUCAAACUAAUUAUUUAUUUACGCAUCUCUUUGCAAACAUCGAAGCGUUGUUGGUUGCUUUCUAGUAUUAUGCCAUUUAUACUUAUGCAGCUUAUGGAUUCUAUUAUAAAUAUAAUCCAGGUUUUGAGGCGACAAAAUUAAUCAAUUUUCGCAAAUCUUCGAUUUUGUCAGGCUGUGUCAUUGCAAUUUCCAUUGUUAGUUACGAUUAAUAUUAAAUUUUUAAGUUUCACAGGUAAGACUACAGCCAAUUUGCACCGAUAGUCUAACCGAUCGGUUGACGGUUCACUGUCUUUUUACGAAUUAUGAUUUCGCGUGUAGCAUAAACAGAAAAAUUUAAUUGAUUACACAUAUAUUGACGUUAAUCGAUAUCGGUGCAAUUGGUACAUUGAGCGAUCGUGACGAACGAUAUGAAGGUUUUGUAUAUUUUUCUAUUUAAACCAAAGUAGUAUUUAAGGAUACGCUGUCAAUUAGACCUUUUACAUAGUUUACAAUUAUCUUUUCCGCCUCUUUAUACAAGAUAUGAAGAGAAAAAGACAAGUAGCAAAAUCUAAAAUACCGAUCUACGAAGAAGAAUGUCACUAUGUCAGUUAUUUGGGCAGUUUUUUUCCGAGCAUUAGCCUUUUUAAUUGUCAUUUUCUAACGAAACUUAAAUAAUAUAUUUAUUUGUGUAAUAACAAUUUUUUCGAAAGACGUGGCUUUGGUAUGUUUAUCUACAAGAAUUGACAGUUGAAUAUCUGUGGCCGAAAGUCACAGCAAAGCAAUGUUUCCUUUACCUUAAUAACACAAAUAAUGCUGUUGCUUCCACGUACUUACACGAAAUUAUUUAGAAAUGUAUUAUAAUAAUAUCAUGUAUUAUAA